AUGAGUGGGAUGUGUCAUGAGUGGGAUGUCUUGAGUGGGAUGUACAUGAGUGGGAUGUACAUGAGUGGGAUGUACAUGAGUGGGAUAGUGGAACGAGUGUUACCGUCGUACGUCAGGCGCGUGUUAACGUACCAGGAAGAUGUCGUGCCAGUGUUACCGUCGUACGUCAGGCGCGUGUUAACGUACCAGGAAGAUGUCGUGCCAGUGUUACCGUCGUACGUCAGGCGCGUGUUAACGUACCAGGAAGAUGUCGUGCCUGUGUUACCAUCGUACGUCAGGCCCGUGUUAACGUACCAGGAAGAUGUCGUGCCAGUGUUACCGUCGUACGUCAGGCGCGUGUUAACGUACCAGGAAGAUGUCGUGCCAGUGUUACCGUCGUACGUCAGGCGCGUGUUAACGUACCAGGAAGAUGUCGUGCCAGUGUUACCGUCGUACGUCAGGCGCGUGUUAACGUACCAGGAAGAUGUCGUGCCAGUGUUACCGUCGUACGUCAGGCGCGUGUUAACAUACCAGGAAGAUGUCGUGCCAGUGUUACCGUCGUACGUCAGGCGCGUGUUAACGUACCAGGAAGAUGUGCCAGUGUUACCGUCGUACGUCAGGCGCGUGUUAACGUACCAGGAAGAUGUCAUGCCAGUGUUACCGUCGUACGUCAGGCGCGUGUUAACGUACCAGGAAGAUGUCGUGCCAGUGUUACCGUCGUACGUCAGGCGCGUGUUAACGUACCAGGAAGAUGUCAUGCCAGUGUUACCGUCGUACGUCAGGCGCGUGUUAACGUACCAGGAAGAUGUCGUGCCAGUGUUACCGUCGUACGUCAGGCCCGUGUUAACAUACCAGGAAGAUGUCGUGCCAGUGUUACCGUCGUACGUCAGGCCCGUGUUAACAUACCAGGAAGAUGUCGUGCCAGUGUUACCGUCGUACGUUAGGCGCGUGUUAACGUACCAGGAAGAUGUCGUGCCAUUGUUACCGUCGUACGUCAGGCGCGUGUUAACAUACCAGGAAGAUGUCGUGCCAGUGUUACCGUCGUACGUUAGGCGCGUGUUAACGUACCAGGAAGAUGUCGUGCCUGUGUUACCGUCGUACGUCAGGCGCGUGUUAACGUACCAGGAAGAUGUCGUGCCAGUGUUACCGUCGUACGUCAGGCCCGUGUUAACAUACCAGGAAGAUGUCGUGCCGAGCACAUGA